AUGUUUUUCAGGCUACAUCCGGUUAAACGAAGAAAUGGUCUACGACAGUUGUGGCAACAUAGUAAUGUGGCAUUAGAGACAUUGCCUGCUAUAGCAAGACGUACCAACGAAUACCUAUGUAAAUUGGAAAAUCACCCCCUAAAAUCUUUUGCAUCAUUAGGUAGAGUGAUAAAGUUUCAGAAUGCCACCAAGAGGAGAAUUGAUGUAUCACGAAACUUGGACCUAGAGAUCCAGUCAGCUUUUAAUCAAGUUAUUAAACUACGUCAUUGGUUCAGUAACAAAAAAGUUCUCGAAAGUACAGUGGACUUGAUAAAUAGAGAUUGGGGUCAAAUAUUAAUCAUGAAGGUCCAACUAGACCAGGUAUUCACUUCCGAUCAUGUACCAACGGCAACAGAACAGGAAGAAAUCGACAAGCUAAUACACAACGUAGUGAAAAAGAUCUUUGAUUUCAACCUAGAUUUUGGCAUGAAACUAGACAAGUUGUAUCCACCAGUCAUAAAAUAUUAUCAAACAGACGAUUCUACAAACUAUGUUCAAGCAACCUUAAAAUUGCAAACCCUGCAACUCACAAAACCAAACUGCAAUGUACAAACAAUUUCCAAAAAAUUCCAGAACCUCCACAAGUUAGCGUCAUCGAGAACAACCAGCCGGCUAGCUUCGUAUGGCUGUUUGAACAAAACUUCAUCAGGUGUGAGUCAACAGAUAAUUUUAUCGAAAGUACUACAAGCGAGGAUUUGUAAUCGUAUCAAACAAACAAUCACAAAUCGUGGUAAAGUAAAAAUUCUCGGUGGAAAACCAAUGGCGUCCGCUACAAUUUUGCAAGUGGGCGAAGAAUCCAGAGUGUCGAUUAAAACCAAUGUGUUUCUUGAAAAAUACACACUGAAACAUCCCUCGAUUUAUUACAAGCGUGAUUUAAGUGAAAUGAGCAAUUACGCGGUCCGAUCAAUUUUUGAGGGACUCAAGGGGACAGGCAUUGAACUAGACGAGAUUUAUACACUACAUGCUAUAGUAGCAGAGAAUUCCCCAGUUACUAUAACUAGCAAGUUGAGGAUUGCGUUUGCUGAAGAUUAUUUAACGCCAAACGAUUCGGCUCUCAUAUUUCCUGAAGUAAACGAAGCGGUGUUGCACAAAAGACGGAAACUAGAUCAAGAUUCAAAACAGAGAGAUCACAAGGGGUUUAGAUUUGUUAAUUUCGACAAAUUACAAGGGAUAGGUGCCGCUAGUUACAAGGACGCAGAACCCAAACAACCUUCUUCUACAAUGAUUUUGACAGACUGGAACAGUGAAGGAAGAGGCUACCGACCAGUUUUGGGAUUAUCACCACUCACAGUAACCAGUGUAGCAGGCAAGAAUUUCAAAAAUCCUACAAACAGAGAAGCGAUUGAACUAAUUGGGUAUCUGAUACUUCGUGAACUUCUGUUUAAAUGGGCAAUGACCAAUUUGAAAAUCAAGCCAAUUGAUAUAGUAAAAGGUUUUCUCGCCAGUGUUCGAUCAACAAAGCUCAUGGAACAAAGCACAGCAGGAUAUACAAAGCUAGAUUUGAUCCAUGCUGUCCAGGCAUAUGUGGGGCUAAAAUACUUGGAGGAAAAUACAAUUGAUGGAAUUGCAAAAUGGUAUAAAACUAGACUAGAAACAAGAGAUUUGAAUUUUUAUUUCGAUAAAGAUACUUGGAUAACUAAACAAAAACCUGAAUUAGAAUCGUUAUGCCGGUCACACAUUGCUGGUCCGUUGGACUUGACGCUUUUUUCACAAGUCAAUCAACCAACUUUAUUGAGGUAUCUACCACAUAAACUUCCACCCAUACCACGAUUAACGAACGACUUUCUUUAUUCCUUUAUUCGAUUGUCGUUCUCGCACCCCUUUCACAAUAAUAAAUACCCCAAAGUGAAUUACUUUAAAAAGUCACUAGAUGGGUUGGGGGAUGCCAUUUUGAAACGGAUCUCUUGUGAAUAUUUUAUGAAUGUUCUGAAAACGGACCCAACAUUCAAAUGGAACAUGGAUGACAUUCAUUUUAUCAAUACAAAUAUACUCUUUGGAAGAUUGGCAAUUGCUUACCGGUUGCAUGAAGGCAUACAAAACGAGGAGUAUUCGGCGUUCAUAAAAAACCGAUUAUUAGGCUCAUUGGACUCUGCAAAUGUGUUCUUGGGCAAUCAUUUUGAAACUCUCGUUAGUGUAUUGUACCUUGAUAGUCCGGAAACUUGUACGAAAUGGAUGUUUAAAGUGUACGAUGCAGUUAGAAACAAUUUGACUGCCUCGAACGGAAAGGAAACGUUUUUGGAUAAAGAAAAGUAUAUACGUCUUUAUGAGCACCAAUUAAAAACCCAUACACUUUAUUGA